UUUUCCGAUUUGAACAGGUCGAGUCCAAAGUUCACCAAAUCCUAUUUUAUUUUUUUUAAUUUCUAAAUUAUAAGUUCAUAUCGUACCUCUCAGUCUAUAAAGUUCAAAGAGCACUUGGUGGACUUCAACUAUAACCAUGUCCAGUCUGCGGCUCCUUGGUACAAUCCCAAAACUAUCCAUAUCCAACGUAAGAUGUUGGCAAGCAGUGUCCAAAAGGUAUCUGGCUGUGCCCGCUACCAAUCGGAAACAUAUACACCUAAAAGUGGUCGACAGUGUUGGGGUGAUCACUGUAGACUCUCCUGGGGUAAAAGUGAAUUCCCUGAACAAUGAAGUGACGAAUGAAGUAAGCCAAGUUCUAUCAGAAAUCGAAUCGAAUCCCCAAAUCCAGUCAUGCGUCAUCAUCUCAGGAAAACCCAACAGUUUUAUCGCCGGGGCCGACAUAAAUAUGCUGGUCAAUUGUAAAACUGAAGAAGAUGCUUAUAGAAUAUCCAAGGACGGUCACAAGAUAUUCGCCAAAAUGGAAAACAGUAGCAAACCUAUAGUGGCGGCCAUUCAAGGUACUUGCUUGGGAGGUGGAUUAGAAACAGCCCUGGCGUGCCAUUACAGAAUCGCCGUGAAAGACAAAAAAACCGGCCUGGGAUUACCGGAAGUAAUGCUGGGACUGUUACCGGGUGCCGGUGGUACCCAACGCAUGCCAAAACUAGCCGGAGUGCCGAACACUUUGGACCUCGCCCUAACCGGAAAAACCCUGAAAGCCGACAAAGCGAAGAAAAUCGGAAUCGUGGAUCUGCUGGUGGAUCCCUUGGGACCAGGCCUGGACACUCCCGAAAACAUGACAAGGAAAUAUUUGGAAACGAUCGCCAUAGAUGUCGCCAAGCAGCUGGCCGCCGGCAAAUUAACCGUGAAUAGGAAGAAAGGCACCAUGGAUAAGAUCAUGAACUUCGCCUUACAGUAUAACUUUGCCAGGGAUUACGUCUUUAAAAAGGCCCGGGACCAGGUUAUGAAAAUGUCCGGGGGGUUGUAUCCCGCACCUUUGAAGAUUUUGGACGUGGUCAGGACCGGAGUGGAAAAAGGUCCCGAAGCGGGAUACGAGGCUGAGGCGAGGGCUUUCGCUCAGUUGGCCAUGACUCCGGAGUCCAAGGGGUUGGUCAGUUUGUUCCAGGGCCAGACUCAGUGCAAGAAGAACCGGUUUGGCGCUCCCUCUAAGGAGUUUAAGACUGUUGGAGUUUUGGGAGCUGGUCUAAUGGGUGCGGGUAUCGCACACGUAACAGUAGACAAAGGCUACAACGUGAUAUUAAAGGACACGAACGCGAACGGCUUAUCCAGAGGCAUAAACCAAAUCACCACCGGUCUCCAGAACGCCGUCAAGAGAAAAAGACUAUCCACCUUGGAAAAAGACAGAUACGUUGCCAACCUGGUGGGCACGUUGGACUAUAAGCAUUUCAAAAACGCGGAUAUCGUUAUCGAAGCGGUUUUCGAAGAUAUAAACAUCAAACAUAAAGUGGUGAAGGAAGUCGAGGCGGUGAUUAAACCAGAUUGCGUGUUCGCCUCCAACACUAGUGCCAUACCUAUAAAAGAUAUCGCCGCGGCCUCCGCUAGACCCGAUAAAGUGAUCGGGAUGCACUACUUUUCACCGGUGGAUAAAAUGCAACUUUUGGAAAUCAUAACCACCGAUAAAACUAGUAAGGAUACGACGGCGUUGGCGGUGGACGUCGGUUUAAAACAGGGAAAAGUGGUGAUUACCGUUGGUGAUGGUCCAGGGUUUUACACCACCAGGAUCUUGAGUGCCAUGAUGGCCGAAUGUAUAAGACUGUUGCAGGAAGGUGUUGAACCGAAGGAUAUGGAUAAGUUGAGUAAGAAGUUUGGUUUCCCCGUUGGGGCGUCCACGCUUAUUGACGAAGUCGGUAUUGACGUUGCCGGGCAUAUUGGGCCUUUCUUAGCAAAGGCCUUCGGAGAACGUUUUGGUGGGGGCGACCCGAACAUCCUCUCCGAGGUGGUAAAAGCGGGUUUCCUGGGCCGUAAAUCCGGCAAGGGGAUCUACGUAUACGAAAAGGGCAGCAAACACAGGGAGGUCAACCCGGAAAUCAUCACGAUCCUGAAAAAGUACAGUAUGGAACCGAAGGGACCGUUUGAGGACGAAGACAAGAAGAUGAGGAUGGUCACGAGGUUCGUUAACGAGGCCGUUUUGUGUUUGGAAGAGAAGAUCCUCGCGAGUCCAUUAGAAGGUGACAUUGGUGCAGUAUUCGGUUUGGGUUUCCCACCAUUCACCGGAGGGCCUUUCAGGUGGAUCGACCACUACGGGGCCGGCAAAUUAGUGUCGCAAAUGGAACAGUAUCAGAACGCUUACGGAAUUCAGUUUAAACCUGCCGAGACUCUUAUCGAUAUGGCUAAAAACCCUACCAAGAAAUUCUAUUCUAGUUAAGCUGUUUCGUUGUUUUUUUUUUUAAUUUAAUAACUUGGGAGGAGUUUCUAUUUUAAAAGGGUGGAUUUUUCCAUUUCAUUGUUGCUAGAGGUACCCUUUUUUCGAUGCCUUUAUAAUAGACUUAUAUUUAUAUUAUAUACAUAUUUAUAUGUUUUUAAGUAGUUCUAAGAUUAAAUAUUUUGGAUAAUAUAUGAAUAAAUAAUA